AUGGCGCUCUCCAAUAAUGGCGGCGACUCCACCAUGACUCCGCCGGCCACACCCACCAGCCCCCGCUUCACCACUCUGCCAAUCCGGAGCAGCCACACCGCGUCAUGCGCCAAACACAAUGCACUACAGACCAUAAAUACCACCAUGACUAUUGGCAACAAUCCCAAAUCCGCCAUGUCCUCUCCUUCAUCCUAUCUAUACACCUCUCCGGACGGAGUCUGGGAAAACUCAACACCCUAUGCAAUCAUGCACGAGGCCCCCAUUGGCACAGGACUCUGGAGCUCCGUCUACCUGGCCACGCCGCGGACUGGGGGAAUGCAGUCACCAAUUGCCUAUGCACAACAGUACAUCGCAUCAGCAUCACCAACGUCACCAGAAACACCUCCGGCAACGCCCGUCAGGCGGCGCGGCCAAUCCAACUCAUCUACGGAUUCGUACAUGACGCAAUUCUCCAGCAGCACCGCCGCCUCCACCGCCACUCAAGCCGGCGUAACCUCCGAACUCACUGCCACUAGCGGGGGGCACCGUCCUUUGUCUUCCCCUCCUCCCCCUCCCGCUCCAUCGGCGAUAUGGGCGAUCAAGGCGCCAGCUGACCGCGCCGCAUUCAGCGUGAUCCGCUCCGAGGCACGCAUGCUCACGCACAUCUUCUCUUCCACCACCAAGACGACCAAUGGCGACGAUCAGAAGCCGUCGCCGACAGACUUCAUGGUCCCCUUCCUCGGCCUGGACCCACGCAGCGGCGGACUCCUGAUGCAAGCGCUGCCGCUGACGCUCGAGGACCUGAUCCGCGGCGACCUGGCGUCGUUUGGCGGCGGCGCCGACGGCGAGGCGGCGCGCGCGCGGCUCGUCGCGAGCCUGUUCCCGCGGCUGGCGGCGCGGCUGCUGACGGGGCUGCAGUGGCUGCACGAGGACGCGGGCGUGGUGCAUGCGGACGUCAAGCCGUCCAACAUCCUGCUGCGGCCGGCGAGGGAGGGCGUGGCCGAGGCCAUGAUCAGGCGGCGGUUGCGCGGGGCGGCGGCCAGGCUGGCGACGGCGCCGCCGUCGUCGUUGAUGGAGGAGGCGGGGAGGCCGUCGUUGUUGGUCCGUCGGGGCAACAGCAGUAGGUGUAGUAGUAGUGACGAGGAGGAGGGAAAAGGAGAAAUAUUGGAGGAAGACGUCCGGACCAUCGACUUCGAGCCACUGUACACCGACUUCAGCGCCGCCAUCCCCAUCCGCCCUUUUCCUUCCCCUUCGUCGGCGAAUGACCCGAGUAACACGACUUCGCCGCCCUCAUCACCACCAACGACGGCUACCGCCCCGCCUCCCCACCUCGCCGGCGGCACCUGGGACUUCCUCGCGCCCGAGCUGUGCCGGCUCCACCCGGCCCCGGCGCCGCCGUCACCCGCGACGGACGUGUACGCGCUCGGCGUCACGCUGCUAUGCGUCGUCGUCGGCGAGAGCCCGUUCGAGGCGCUGGCGGGCGGCAACGCGUUCAGGAAGAGGGAGAUGGUCAAGUGCGGAGACGCGGUGGGGUUCGCGCGGGAAGUGCCGAGGGCGAGGUUCGCGCGGGUGAAGGGUGAGGUGGGCAAGAGGUGGAGGAGAGAAGACGAGGCGUGGGACUGGGAGAGGUGGAUGAGAAGGGGCUUGGUGAAGAAGGCGGAGAUGAGGGCUGGAGCGAAGGAGUGGAGGAGGGAAUUGGAGGGAUUGGUUUGA